CAUUCAUUCAUCCGCCGGGCACAAUCAUGUUGGCACAAUCCCUUCGAGUUUCACGCACUCCCCUCACCCGCUGUCUGGCCCGCCAACAACAGCCCCUCCGUACUUUUAUCGUCCCCACUGCCCCUCGUAAAGCGGAUCUCGUCCAGGAAAUGUACAUCUCAGCGCUGAAAUCCUACAAGCCCGCCGCGGCCAAAGCGACUGAUAGCGAAGGCCAGGUAAAGAAGUGGGCUCCUCCAGCCGCCCCACAGAGCCCCGAGGCCGCUGAGGCCUCGCUUGCGCAGGAAUUGAAGGCCUACGAGACUCAGGAGGUGGAGAUUGAAGGACAGAGCCCUGAGCCUGGGAUGGAGGCUCAGGAAGAGGAUUGGUUUGAGGAGGAGGCCAACUUUGGCGUUGAGGAGAGCGCUAAACAUUAGGUUUAGAGAAGGGGGGGGGUUUUUUUUUGUCUUUUUUUCCUCCUUUCCACCGGGCGGGAAUAUAGAAUUGCUGUAUAGUGAGCGCUGGAUAAGCGGAAUAUCAAAAUGGAGGGGAACUGUUAACAAAA